AAAUGAAAUUCUGGGGUGUCAGCUGUCUGAAUCUAAUAGAUAUUUAUUUUCAAUUUUAUAGGUGAUUGCUAUCAAGUGGAAAAUCUGUUGAUCAGUUUUACCAGGUUUCAGGAUGUUUCGUUACGGUGACGGCACAUUUUCGAAUAAUUAGUUCCAUGCGUGUCAAUCACCGCGGUCGGAAAUAUCAACUGACCAAUGAAUGCACAAGAGAAUCAACAUGCUAACCACAAACAGGAUAAUGAAUGAUGAAUGAACAAAUCGGACCUUUUUAACAAGAGAAAUGAUGUCUAUCCUGAAACAUCUCAACUAUAUAGGAUGUUACAGGAUAUUAAUAGUGUUUUUAGCUUUGUGGCUGAUAGUUUUGGUGAUGUCUGCUCUGCCUAUGCUUAGCUCAAACAUAACUACAUCGGAUUCAAAAGUAGCAGAGAGACUCACUAGGGCUCUGGUUGAUCUGCAAGCUCUUCAAAGGCAGAACGAAGAGUUACGGGAGAUAUUUAAGGACAUAAGUGUAAAUAAUUUAAAUGAGGAGCAGAAAGAAGCAAUUGAAAACUUCCAAUCCAGGCUGACGAAGGCUGAGCAUUCUUAUGAUAAACGUAGUUUGGGAUAUAUCAGUCCCAAAGAAGAACCCAAUACUCAAUAUGAACUCCUCAGGAGGAGGAUAUUCUCUAAUACCAAGGAGUUUUGGUAUUUCAUUCACUCCGGCCUGUUAGAUAUUCAGAAGAAAGCCUCUGAUGUUUCACCCGAAGUUGUAGAAUCCGUGAGCAAUUUGUUGAGUCUAGGAUUGGAACAUAAGAGGUCAUUAAUUUACGAUAUAGAACAGCUUGCAGAGGUCGAUGGAUAUUCCACAUGGAGAGAGAAAGAGUCUAACGACUUGAGUAAUCUCGUCCAAGAAAGAUUCAAGUUCUUGCAGAACCCAGAAAACUGUAACACUGCCAGAAAACUCGUUUGCAGCUUGAAUAAGGGUUGUGGUUACGGUUGUCAGCUCCAUCAUGCAGUCUACUGUUUCAUGGUGGCGUACGGCACAAAAAGGACACUCAUCCUCAAGUCAAAAGGUUGGCGUUACCACAAGGGUGGCUGGGAAGAGAUCUUCAAACCAAUCAGCAACACUUGUUUGAGCCCCAGCGGCGAAAGCGUAGCCAGCUGGCCUGGGAAUGAAGAGACCCAGGUGGUCAACCUUCCCAUAAUAGAUUCCUUAUCGCCGAGGCCUCCUUUCCUACCUCUAGCUAUUCCGGAGGAUUUAGCCCCAAGAUUGACGAGGUUGCAUGGAGAUCCGAUCGUUUGGUGGGUCGGUCAAAUCCUCAAGUAUCUGUUGAGGCCUCAGGAGAAGACUGCCAACAUGAUUCAAGAGACCAUGACGAAAAUGGGGUUCAAGAGGCCCAUUGUUGGAGUGCAUGUCCGUAGAACAGACAAAGUUGGUACAGAGGCAGCAUUCCACAGUCUAGAUGAAUACAUGUCUUAUGUGAACGAAUACUAUGACUAUCUGGAGCUCAAACAGACCGUAGACAAGAGAAGGAUAUACUUAGCUUCGGACGAUGCCAAGGUCCUAACCGAAGCUAAGACGAAAUAUCCGAACUAUGAGAUUAUUGGAGAUCCAUCUAUAUCGAAGACAGCAGCGGUUUCUACCAGAUACUCAGAUUCCUCCCUCUUCGGGAUCAUUUACGACAUCCACAUGCUGGCCAUGAGCGAUUAUCUGGUGUGCACGUUUUCCUCCCAGGUGUGCAGGGUUGCUUACGAAAUAAUGCAGAACUACUACCCGGAUGCUUCAUACCGGUUCAGAUCACUGGACGAUAUCUACUACUACGGCGGCCAAAACGCGCACAAUGUCGUCGCUGUUUGGCCCCAUGAACCGAAAAGAAGCGCCGAGAUGUCUAUUUCGACAGGGGACCUGAUCGGUGUGGCGGGGAACCACUGGAACGGAUUCAGUAAAGGCCGCAAUCUCAGGACCAAUCAGGUCGCUUUCUAUCCCAGCUUCAAGGUCAAAGACAAAAUCGAGACAGCUAAGUUUCCGACGUAUUCGGAGGCACGGAAAUCAUAGUCAGGUUGUUCGGUUCCGUUAAGGAAGUUUGAUACCAAUAAACGGCCAAUGAAAUUACUA